CAGAAAAUGCUCUGAAGGUGACCUCGACAGUGCCCCCCAGAACAGAAUCUGUCUGAAAAAAUCUUCCUUUGGCCAAAGGCCUGUUUGUCAACAAGAGCGAACCUCUACAGCGGCUGAACUCUGCAAGUGAUGGGCUCGGAGAACAGCGCUUUAAAGAGCUACGCACUAGAAGAGCCACCAUUCACACUGCCAACCGGACACACAAUUUAUCCAGCCGUGCUACAAGAUGGCAAACUUGCUUCGGUCUUUGUGUACAAGCGAGAGAACGAAGAUAAAGUUAAUAAAGCUGCCAAGCACCUGAAAACCUUGCGCCACCCUUGCCUUCUGCGCUUCCUCUCUUGUACUGUGGAAGCAAAUGGGAUCCACCUGGUUACAGAACGUGUAAAGCCUUUGGAGAUGGUCCUGGAGACGCUCUCUUCUGCAGAAAUCUGUGCAGGGAUCUAUGACGUGUUGCUGGCGCUCAUCUUCCUCCAUGACAGGGGAAAUCUAACGCAUAACAAUGUCUGUUUAUCAUCCGUGUUUGUAAGUGAGGAUGGGCACUGGAAGCUGGGAGGAAUGGAAACAGUCUGUAACUUCAGUGAAGCCACCCCAGAGUUCCUCUGUCACGUCAAGUCGGUACGAGAUCAGUCAUGCAUCCCUUGCGAGGAGAUGUCUGCGGAUUUCAAAAUUCUGCCCAACAGCUAUGGGCAUGCGAGGGAUGCCUACGCGUUUGGAACAAUGGUUGAAAACCUCCUGAUAGUCCUAAAUGAUCAGGUUUCAGCAGACAUUCUCUCCAGCUUUCAGCAAACCUUGCACAGUACACUGCUGAAUCCAGAUCCAAAGUGUCGUCCAUCACUGUCCAGCUUACUGUCUCAUGAGUUCUUCAGGAAUGAUUUUCUGGAAGUUGUGAACUUUCUGAAGACCUUAACACUAAAGUCUGAGGAAGAAAAAACUGAAUUUUUCAAAUCCCUGCUGGACAGGGUGGCCGGCUUGUCAGAGGAGCUGAUAGCAUCACGGCUGGUGCCUCUUCUACUCAAUCAGCUUGUAUUUGCAGAACCUGUAGCUGUCAAGAGUUUUCUUCCUCAUCUGCUGGGUCCAAAGAAAGAGCAAACUGGAGAAAGCCAGACCAGCUGUCUCCUGUCACCAGCCUUGUUCCAGACACAUGUCAUUCCUGUGCUGCUGAAGCUAUUUGAGGUUCACGAGGAGCACGUUCGAAUGGUGUUGCUGUCUCACAUUCAUGCCUACGCAGAACUGUUCUCUCGGGAGGAGUUGAAAAACAUCAUAUUGCCACAGGUAUUGCUGGGCCUUCGAGAUACCAGUGACUCUAUCGUUGCGAUAACGCUGCACAGCUUAGCAGUUCUCGUCUCCCUGCUUGGACCUGAAGUAGUUGUAGGUGGAGAAAGAACGAAGAUUUUCAAAAGCUCUGCACCAAGUUUCAUGAAAACUGCUGAUCUCUCCCCAGAAGACUCCCCCAGCCAUGUUGUAAGCAAUCAGAGAAAUCAAACCUCUCAGCCCUUGAAGAACAAUUCUAGUGUGUUCCCCAUCUCUGGAAAUGUACCUGUCAAGAAGCUUUCUGUGCAACAAGACAAUCCACUGGCUGUAAAGACAGGUGAGCAAGACACUCACUGCCCCCUGAACGGAAUUCCUGGAAACAUUAAUACGAUAGGGAGCAGCAGGAGCUCUUUGACUACCUCUGAAAAGCCAGCAGAGGAGUGGCCAGACUGGAGUGAGCCAGAGGAGACAGACACCGAGAAAACUGUGAACAUUCAAAUUCGGCCCCGAGAGCCACAGGGCAGGGUGGCACCUUAUUUUGCUGAACAUGAUGUAGAUGAGAAGCCUUGGGAUGACUUUGAGCCCAGCAGCCCUAGUCCUGAACUGUCUUCAGGAAACUGCCUCACUGUGACACAAACUGAUGCAGUUGAAACGCCGAGGCCUCUGCCAGGUACGCAACUGAGCAAAGAAUUCAAAAGCCUCAGACUGAGUGCCCCCCCAGAGUCCUGCCCUGGGAACAGCUGGAGCAAUAACAACUGGGACCACCAGGAACAACUGGGAGGAACUGUGCUGCCAAAAACAACCUUUCAGGAAAGGUUGAAGUCUUCAUCGGAGUCUGGCCUGGGAGAAGAAUUCACGAUCAAAGUGAAGAGGAAACCUGUGCAAGACCCUGAGCUGGACUGGUUUGCUGACAUGAUCCCAGACAUUAAACCUUCUUCAGCUAUCUUGGUUUUACCUGAAGCGAGGACAGAAGCAGUUGUUCCCAGUCACUCUGGUGUAGUAUCCAGCAGAGAAGGUGCCUCCCAGAAUGUGCUGUUUUCAUCCAAAUUUGCAGCAGCUGAUGUUAUUGAGGCUGAAGCUGCAGGCUGGGGUGAAGAAGAGGAGUUGAACUGGGAAGAUGAUGCUAACUGGUAAUGGGACUGAAAGAGACAAAGGCAAUUUAUGGUGUGUCGCUGCUUCCCCAGUAAAAUGGAUAAGUACCUCAGCACUGCUUUUGCCAGAAGGCAGGCGCUUGCUGCAGCAGCCAGCAAGAUCCCAUGGGGCCUGAUCUCUUGCAAUGGAUGCUCCUUUCCAGUCUGUGCCAAAAACUGCAGGGGUGAGGCCUGCACUCAAGCAAUAUGCCCAGCUGUGGUACGUGCCACUGCUACCGGAAAAAGGAACAGCGUGAUGGGUGUGUUGGUGCUGACAUGCUACCGGAGGCCAAGAGUGGUAUAAACGAUUGUUCCAGAACUCAUCCCUGCUCUGAAAAACUGAUGACAAUAAAUGAAAGUCACACUGAGUUCCUUUGUUAGUGUGCCUAUUUUUUUUUAUUUUUUUUUUUUUUUGGAAAAGUGAAGCCCUUAGAAAUGGCUCCUUUUAACUUUUUAGCUGAGAUGAUUUUAAGAUGAAUGUACAGUUUACUCAACUUAUUUAUUUCUGUUUUAUAGUUCUGUCAGUGGAUAGCACACGAGGUGCUAGGAACCAUGCAGUGAAGGACCACUGAACAUGAACUGCUUAAGCACUGCACUCUUUCUGCUCUUAACUGUGACUAAUAAAGAUUAUUUUUAAAAUAUGA